GGAAAUUGUCAAGUGAAAAACUUAUUCCUGUUCUUAAAGAUGUAAAAAAUUCAAAGUGGCUAUACUCCAGAUAUUUCUAUGCCUUUCCUUUCAACCAAUGGUCACUUGAACAUUAUGAAAAUUGGAUUCUGAAUAAUUACACAACUUCAAAAAAAGAGGAAGAUUCUAAAACUUUAGAAGAGAUAAGAGAAUUCAUAUCAAAAUUAGACAGAAAGGUAAGGGAUAGCAUUAAUAAUAUGAGUUUGGAUGAGGCUACUCCUUGCCUAUCCUCGUUAAAAUUAACUGAAUAUGGUGUACCUAGUUCAAUGCUAGAAGGCAACAUUUCAACAUUUCUUGAUAUGAUUUUGAAUUAUUAUAAGGCAAAAUCUCUUAGAGAGUUUAGGGGAUAUAAUGAAGUAGCUUCAAAAAUAUCAGGCAAAGGUCACUUUGGCUUUAUCGAUAUUUUCAUUAAUGGAGUAAAUGGAAAUGGUUUAAAUUCAAGCAUAAUAUUGGAACUAAAGUGUAUAUCAUUGGUAGGUCUUCUGAGUGGAGAAGAAGGAAGAUGGAUUGAUAAUCCAGGUUAUAAAUCGUUAAUGGCAUUAGAUGCAAAACUUGAAAAAGAAACUGAAAAUGAACUAUUAAAUAGAAUUUAUUUUUAUUGGGUUAAUAAUCAAAAGGGAUUGGGAGUUUGUGAUGAUAAAAUUAAAAUAGAGAAAGGUGAGGGAUUUUGGGGAGGUUUUCUUUUGGUCUCGAUUGGUUCUAAACGAAUCUUGACAAAAUCAUCAGAAUUUAAAAAAAUAGGCAUAAAAUUUUCUAUAUCCUGUUGA